AUGGCGGUGUGGGACGUAGUUUCCUCCACUGCGAUGGUCAAGGCGCUGGGCGAUUGCGGGCGGAUUGGAUCGAGCAAGGCAGUGUUUGAUGCGAUGCCCGAGAGGAACUGCAAGACGUGGGCGACGCUGCUGCGGGGAUUUGCUCGCGGCGGAGAGAUUGGGCGAGCGAGAGAAGUGCUGGAUAUGAUGCCCGAGACGAAUAUGGUAGCGUGGACGAUCCUCGUGCAGGGUUUCGCGCAGCGCGGGCGAGUGGGCGAUGCGAAGGCCGCGUUUGAUUCCAUGCCCGAGAAGAACAGCAUCACUCGCGCGGUGAUUCUCGUCAUGUUUGCGGAGAAUGGAUUCGUGGAGGAGGCGGAGGAUGUCUUCCAGGAAAUUGUCCACCGAAACGCGAUCCUCUAG